AUGAAUUACCAGCCUCGUCUUCUUGCAUCCUCGUGGCCCUUUUGUUCACGUGGUUUCUUAUUUGGCUUUCGCAUCCACGGUUUUCCUCUCUCAUUCCAUCCACCCAAUCUUUCCCCAUCAGCUCGAGUGCUUUCGAAGAUUGCCGCGCCCAUGCAAGAACAAGAAUUGAAUCUUGGCCGAGUGAAGUUAACCCCCUCUGAAAUCACCGGAUCGGAUAAUGCUGGCUGUGACCUAAUAUCACUCCCUUCUGUCGGCAUGCUCCAACUGUCUCCUCAGUCAAUACAGCGCGAUAAUCAUGAAUACUUUUUCGCCUCAUGGCUUCUCAGUGGCUCGAAGAAACAACAGCAACCAGUGAUUCGGAUAGAAUUUAAUCUGCGUCUGCCAUCAUGCGUUGAGUCGUCUAUUGGUGAGCUUUGA